AAUCGCGUAAUGGCGGACUCAGGCCGGUGGAGUGCGGCUGGGGGCGUAGCGCGCUGAGGGGGGCGUCCGGCUGAGUAGCAGCCCGGGAAGCAGUGGGCUGGAGCGUUCUCCGUGGGGACGCGGACCGGCUGCCCAGCCCUUCAUGUCGCUGAGGGCGACUGCGCGAGGUCAGGUUUUUUUUCAUCAUUGAGAACCUCGCCUGAAGCAGGUCCACUAUGCCGUUAGUAACCAGGAACAUCGAGCCAAGGCACCUGUGCCGUCAGACGUUGCCUAGCGAUACAAGCGAGCUGGAAUGCAGGACCAACAUCACCCUGGCAAAUGUCAUCCGACAGCUGGGCAGCCUGAGUAAGUAUGCAGAGGACAUUUUCGGAGAGAUUUGUACCCAGGCAAGCGCCUUUGCCUCCCGAGUAAACUCCCUUGCUGAGCGGGUUGACCGAGUACAAGUUAAAGUCACUCAGCUGGAUCCCAAGGAAGAAGAAGUGUCACUACAAGGAAUCAACAGUCGGAAGGCCUUCAGAAGUUCUACCACCCAAGACCAGAAGCUCUUUGACAGGGACUCUCUCCCGGUGCCCGUCUUAGAGACCUAUAACAGCUGUGACGCUCCUCCCCCUCUUAACAAUCUCAGUCCUUACAGGGAUGAUGGAAAAGAGGCACUCAAAUUCUACACCAACCCCUCAUACUUCUUUGAUCUUUGGAAGGAGAAGAUGCUGCAGGACACCAAGGAUAUCAUGAAAGAGAAGAGAAAGCAUAGGAAAGAAAAGAAAGAUAAUCCAAAUAGAGGGAAUGUGAACCCACGUAAAAUCAAGACACGCAAGGAAGAGUGGGAGAAGAUGAAAAUGGGACAAGAGUUUGUGGAGUCCAAGGAGAAGCUGGGGCCUUCUGGGUAUUCGUCCGCCUUGGUGUACCAGAAUGGCAGCAUUGGCUCUGUUGAAAAUGUGGAUGCGGCCAGCUACCCACCACCACCACAGUCGGACUCUGCCUCCUCGCCUUCCCCUUCAUUCUCUGAAGACAACUUGCCUCCCCCGCCAGCAGAAUUCAGCUACCCUGCAGACAACCAAAGAGGAUCUGUCUUGGCUGGACCCAAAAGAACCAGCAUGGUCAGCCCAAGCCAUCCACCCCCAGCUCCUCCUCUGAGCUCUCCGCCAGGUCCCAAGCCUGGCUUCGCUCCUCCACCUGCCCCUCCACCUCCACCUCCCAUGAGUGUGCCACCUCCACUACCAUCGAUAGGAUUCGGGUCUCCUGGGACCCCUCCACCCCCAUCACCUCCAUCUUUCCCUCCUCACCCUGAUUUUGCUGCUCCUCCACCACCUCCCCCACCACCAGCAGCUGACUACCCAAUGCCACCACCUCCUUUGUCCCAACCUUCUGGAGGUGCUCCUCCGCCUCCUCCUCCCCCUCCCCCUCCAGGGCCCCCGCCUCUCCCCUUCAGUGGUGCCGAUGGUCAGCCUGCUGCACCACCACCACCACCCCCUUCUGAGGCCACCAAGCCCAAGUCUUCAUUGCCUGCUGUGAGUGACGCGCGUAGUGACCUGCUUUCUGCCAUCCGCCAAGGCUUUCAGCUGCGAAGGGUUGAAGAGCAACGGGAGCAAGAGAAGCGUGAUGUGGUGGGCAAUGAUGUGGCCACCAUCCUGUCCCGUCGGAUCGCUGUUGAGUACAGCGACUCGGAAGAUGAUUCUUCUGAAUUUGAUGAAGACGACUGGUCGGAUUAACUCGGCCUGCUGCCCACAUUCCUCUUUCUAGUCCUCCCACCUGCCUUCCUCCAUACAAACUACCAGUCUCAUGGGGGGAAGAAAGCAAGGGACAAAGAACUGCAAGGGGCCAAAGCCAAAGAUCUAUUCGAGUGCUUCCUUCAAAUGACCAUGUACUUCUUCCCCAUGCCUGCCUGUGGGCUCCUGAGGGUCCCCUCAGGAGCUGACCCCUCUUUCCACUUGACAGGAAGGGAGAACCCUACAGAAUCCCUUCGUUUGGGUUUCAACUGGAGAUAGUGCCUUCUUCCCCUGAUAACCAUUUUAACCCAUGGCCUUCCUCAAAACCCUUUCAUUUAGCUACUUCAAAUAAUGUUAGCCACCUCCUGUCUCACAGCAGUGGGUACAGCCUGUGUGGGCGCAGGUGGUCCCUUUUCUGUGCCCUGACAAGUAGACUGGCACACCCCUGCCCCACACUCAGCCUUCUGCAGCAGGUAGGCUUGCUUCUGUUAGCUCUGCCUGGAUGCCUUUGUUCCAGAAGGCAUGGGGCCUCUAAAGACUCUCACCAGUGAUGCACUUCUGGAGACUGAGGGUGCGGCCUUCCUCCCGUGCUCUCUCUAGAUGAGUGUCGGGUCUGGGUGUCCUUUGCAUGCCCCUCCUCACCCCAGGUGCCUUAAGACUGCACAGCCCAGUUCUAACCUGAUAUUCAUGACCAAACUAGCCCUGACACUCAGGGACCUGGACCUCUGCUGACUGUCAGGAGCAAAACUUGAAGGUUUUGCCUGGCACCGCAGGACUGGAAGAGAGAGGAACAUGUUCAGGAUACUGAGGCCAGGAUGAGAAGUGACUCUCUCAAGGUCACACAGACAGUGAUAGAACAAGAGCCCAGGCUUCCUGUUUCCAAGUCACCUGUGUUUCCUGGGACCAAAUAAUGAGCACCUGCUGGAGUCUGGGCAGAGCAGCCUGGCUCCCUUCUACCCCAGAGCUCCCAAAUGCCGGGCUUGCAUUUGGAGGGUUCAUGGCCUGUGCAGGGUGGGGGUGGGGGCUCUCCAGUGCAGCUUUAACUGCAGCCUCUCUGGUAACCGUUUAUUUCCCCUUUCUGUCUGCAGCCAGUCAUGUGGCAUGGGAGCUGUGCUGGGGAGGCAGUGUAGAGAGGAGCUGUGGGGCAGCCAGCCUUGGCAGGUGCUGUUUGCAGUUCACUGCAGCUCCCUCCCUCUUUUGUUUCCUCAAUUUAAGCAGAGGUUGUGCCAGCUGUAGAAACUUCAGUCCCUCAGGCUGGCAGCCGCUGCAGGUACCUGCCUGGGGGGGGGGGGGGUGGCGGCCAUGGAGAAGGCUGAGAGGCAGAAGGACACGGGGUCUUCAUGCCUCGCCACCUUGCUGUCCAUGGUGAUGCUGACCCACCCCCUUUACCUCCCUUCCCAGAACUGAUACGCGGGGUGCUAUUAUUCAGGAAAAAAAAACUGAGCAGCUCUGGCCAGCAGCAAGGUUUCUUCUCUACUGCCCCAACUAUUGUGUGGCCUCUUGUGCUGAAAUCGGCUUCUCUGGCUUCAGAGCCUGAAACAAAGAGAAACAGGAUCUGUCUCUACCCAGCACAGCAAAUGGUUGUAGUAAUUGCCAAAGCCCUCAUAAACCCCUCCGGCUUGAGGAGAGUGCAAUCAUGGCUCUGCCGCCUGCACUUGCUGGGUUCCUCCCCUCUGCCUCCUUUCUUGAACUCAGAGGUAGGGACUAAGCACCAGGUGCCAGCAGGCCCUCCUGCUGUGGCUACUCCAGAGUGCUCUGUCCUCUCCAUGUGUCCAUGUCCUGCCCCCCCACCCCGACCCCCCCCCCCCAAAUCCAGUGUCUGGCACAGGGUUUGGCAGUCAACUCCAUGCUGUGCAUGUUUCCCACCCCGUGCCUUAGAAGCUGAAGGUGCUUUCAUCAGAACCUUAAAAUGGCUGUUGAUGGUACCCUGGCUGCAGCCCAGCGGGGGCUGGAGAGGCAGGGGAGGGCAGUGGUCCUUCCAAAUAGAAGUCCUGGGGCCUGGCCAGGCCAGGGUUUGGGCCUAAUGGUUUUUACUAAAUUACUCCCCUCCUGCUCUCCGAGAAAGGGGAGCCAGAGCCGCUCGCUCACUGUGGUUCUGUUCCGACCUUGAAGGGGCGGUAUUGGCCUGGCUUCUGGAAUGGACAGAGUCCACCAGGAAAGANUGGGGGCGGGAGGAGCUGGGGAGGGGCCCUGUCUGUGGAAGGUAGGAUUAGAUCAUUAGCUCAGUGACCUCCUAGGGUUUCGAUGUGCUGUGUUCUCAUCCUACAGCUGGUUUGGUAAUGAUCUGCAAGUCCCGGAGAGCAACAGCACAGCUCCGCCUGACGCUCUCAUUAAAAUCCAUGCAGCCAAGCUCUGCGCUUUGUAGCAGCCGGCCUUGCAGAGACUCCUCAGCUUGGGGGGCUGGGGACCCAGUCAGCUGAGAGGUCCUCUAGGCUCUACUUAGGCAUAUGUGUACCCCCCAGGAAAAAAAAUUUUUAAGCAUGCUUCUUAAACAUGCUUCUUUAAACCUAGAGCCCUUUAAAAUAAUAAAGGACCCAGUACAGGUGGGUGUGUUUGUGGAAUCCUAUAAGCCAAGAAUACCAAGUUUAGUGACUAUUUAAACUGGGCUGAGGCUGGUAAGACUAUAAAGCAGUGGCCCAUAAGGACUCUUAAGCGUGAGGCCAAGGAGCCACGGCCCUUCCCAGUCUGCCUGGCCCAGGGGGGCUGCCCCCAUUCCUGGAGCCCAGGGGCCCAGCUUGCAAUUGCUAGUGUCAGGAGUGACUUGUAGCUUUGCCUUGGUUGUGAGAUGAUUUCAUUCCAGGGGAGGGGGCGGGGGAUCCCUUGGAGGCUCAGAGCAGCUGGCCCAAGCUGCAGCUCCUCUCCAGUGGAGGCUUGAAUGCCCUCAGAAACGACCCUGGCCAAUGUCACCGCAGAGCUGAGGCGGUGUUGUCAGGGCUAAUGUGAAAUCUCUUCCCGUGGCGCCGAUCCUCUGACUCUAUAGCGCCAGCUUGGACAGAUUGAGGUCUCUGUGGCUUUGGUGACCCUGCUUAAGCAUUCCCACCGUGUCCCUGUUCUGCGCUAGCACUGCCUCCUGCUGCAGCCCCUGACUUGACCUCAGGGCCUGGGGAGGGAAGCACCUUGCCAGGGCCAGGCGCUCCAACUCAGAUGUGUCAGCCUCUGGGGGAAGGGGGGAUUAAGCUUUGAGCUUGGCUGGUGCCCAUUUGACCUGGGACAGGUGUUACCCAGAGAGGUGCUUCUCCUGUGUUUCCUGCCUCCUAGGGCCUCCGUGAGGGCUGAGAGCAGUUCUGCUCCUGUAUUAACUUGCUUCAGUUAACUGACUUGAGAAACUAACCAAUUUUUACUUCCUGCCUAGAAUGACGUACACAUAGGAGAGAAAGCUAUCAUGUUCCCAAAGUGCCUUGUUUUCUCUGAUAUAAAUAUAUUUAUAAGGACAUAUUCCAGUAGGUUCUUGGUGUUUCCCAUAUCAAGAUUUCUGCGAGCUAAUGCAUAGAGGGAAUACUGUCUAAAAAUAGACCCUUUCCUCCCAGAGGUUGGGAGGGGGGACCUGAGCAGUGGAGUGAAGCCACACCCCACAAUUUUUUAUUUAUUUGUUUAUUUUUAGAUAGGGUUUCAGGUAGACGUGCAGGCCUUGACCUUACUAUAUAGCUGAAGAUGGCCUUGACCUCCUGACCCCUGCCUCAGCCAUGCCUGGCUAGGACAGCCAAAUUGUUGUUUCAAGUCUGCUUUCACUUGCUUCCCUGCCGGGCUUAUUGUGUGUACCGCAUUUGUACUCCCAAUAACCUGAAGAUUCCAUGUAACUAUUAUGUACGCGCAUGAAUACUUUAAAUGCCAACCUUUUCAAUCAUUUGAUAAAGUCUUUGUAGUCACUCA